AGCUACGUGAACACAUGUUGACGCCAUUUUGACAUGUCGGUGGCUCAAGGAUACGUCGAAAUGCCAUCGAGACGUUAAAGGAGGUCCUCAACGAUCCUCUUUCCGCGUGAUCCUAAUUUCUCCGCGUUUUAUUUUGACAGAUCGAUAAUCGGAUUUUCGCCCACAACACCAUCUCUUCAGCGUGUCAAACGAUCGCGGCGGUAGCUGCCAUCUUGUAGCUGUCAAAAGUCAUUCUCGCUGAUGAUGCUCGAGGAGUCGCGUUUUUGUUUUGCGGAUCGACGCGUACAUCGGCGAGCGUCGUCGUCCCGCUGUCAGGCGACGUCAGGCACGGCCUUUUAAGUCAGCCUCGACGAGGAAGUCGCGCGUCGUCGCUCGCUACGAAUCCCCCUCGCGUCGCGGAAUAAUCUCCAUCUCCGAUAACAAUCCGGGUUGAACGAGCCAUUGGGGCCGCGGAAACUUCGCGGCUGAAAUGCCUUCGCUGACCUCGACGACGGACGUGCGCUCUCGCUGAGGGAUACCAUCGCCGAGGAGAGGAAAGCAGUCGCGCUGGCGGAGACUCGCAGGGACGGAAAUACGACCGACGACCGCGACGACGUCGCGGGAUCGAAUGUCGUCGGGGAAGCGGGCGACACGAAUAAUAUGGACGAGCGCGAGAUUCUUCUUCUGCCCUCGUCCUUCUCGUCCGCCAACACGGUGAACAAGGAACGACCGCGGAAGAAGCUCUGGCGCAACGCGGUACAGCUGGUGGCGAGCGACGACGAGGAUUCGGACGGCCAGGAAUGUGCUUUCUUUCCGGCUAAGCGACACUGCAGCACGCAGUUGUCCGAGGUCGACGAGACACGUUCGGACACGGAGCAACAUAUGAAUGCAAACAAGGAGACAACAACUAACAAUGUAGGGAAUAUUGAGUAUGACGAAAUUAUAUACCAAAUACAGAUCGAGGAGAAGCUUAAAUUAUGGCAGGCUUUUCAAGAGGAAGAAGGUUCCAUGGACAAUAGUAUUAAUGAGGUUUUGGCUUACUAUAGGAUGAUGCAUCCACCUGAUCCUCUGGAGGAGAAUUCCAUCGGUUCGAGAUUUCAUUUAUCGUACAGAAGAAACGACAUGGAAGACACAGCAGUGACAAUGGCGAUUCGCAAUCAUGGCUUAGUCCAGUCGGCUGAGCUCGCUCUUCUUCAGCCACAUUAUUGUAAAUGCAUAGGUGUAGAUUGUUCCUUUUCGUCCAAAUGUAUGUAUGAACUCGAAGACUUUCCUUAUGGAACUGUCUACAGUAAUGUAGAAACGGGAAGAUGCAAUGCGCUGGAUGCGGAUAAAAUAUAUGAAUGUGAUCAACCGGAAGAUUUCUUAGAACGUGCCGUAGGGGAAGCGAUUAAGAAGAAGGGUCUGAGUGCUUUAAGUGUGGACUAUGGUUGAAUAUAUUGGUUAAUAUAUCUUUCUCCCCAUUCCUUUGAUGUAUUUAUAUAAUAAUGUAGUAUAUCUAAUUGUUGUGCUCCGUAAAUCUAUCGCGGCUUUAUUUUAUAGUUGAUUUUUGACAGUAUGAAUUGUAUUUUACAAACAGUAAUCUCUCGAAACAUUUUAUACUCAUAUGUAUACAUUCCGAUGUAACGGAUUGCUUAUAUUGAACAUGAUUUGAGAUCUAUUUUAUUCAAGAAUAAUGUUGAACUGCUAUAAUGAUUUUCUGAUUAUUAAUUUUUUUAAUAGUCUGCAGUCUAUAAUAGUAU